UAAAUCAAUAACAAAGCUAAAAGCUUUAAACCUAAUAAAAAUAUGAUAAAUAAGAAAAAUUAACUGAAUAUUUAAUAUAACAUAUAAAUUUGAUAUUAUCAAAAUAAAAUUUGUUUUCAAUUAUAUAUAAGAUUUAUUAAAGGUAUUUUUAAUUAAUAAAUUAAUGAUCAGCUAAAAUCUCCAAAUAAAUCAAUGAUUUAACUAAAAUUUAAUAAAGCAUGACAAAUAAACCUAGACAAAUUAGAUAGCUCAGCUCUCGAGAUCAGACCUAGCCUCCUUAGCCAUCACCUCCAAGAGCCACCGCUCUCUCGUAGCUUCCACUGAGCUCUGCCGUGUGCGCUCGCUGAUAGGUAACACCGAGGCAUCUUUUUACGUAUGUUCCUGAGCCAACCCCACGCUGGUUCAUCCUCACUCCUAAUCUUCAUCGGCUGAGCCCUAUCCCGUCGAACCCUAAACAGGCUCCGGACUUAUCUUCUUUCGUGGCGGUGGGUCAUGGGGUAUAGGAAUGAAAAACCGCAAACGCACUUCGGAUGUCUGGUUCCUUGACUGUUUGUCUCACACAUGGCACGGCGUCCCGUCCAUGAAGAUGGCUCGUGCUUCAGCAUCGGUAAGUCUUGUAGACGGGAAGAUACACGUGUUUGGAGGGGUGGAGGAUUGCCCAAACUCGGCAGACUCAAAAGAGGUGUUCGAUCCAAACACUCAAACUUGGGAGUCAUGGCUUCCGUAUUAUGUUGAGACUAAAACAUAUGCUCUGGAUAUCCAACAAAGUGUGGUGCUAGAUGAUAAUGGUCAAAGCUUCUACAUCGUGCCAAGUGAUAGCAUAUCCCUUGGAGAAACAGAUUCUAAGCAGCCAGGACACCGAAAAGAUUGGUGUGUCAUUGGGAAAGAGUUAUACUGUCGUGGUACUCGCGGGAGAAUAUUGUGGUGUGAUCCACGGAAUUUGGAAUGGAAGAGAGUGAAGGGUUGGGAAGAGCUUGAUUAUCUUUUCUGGUGUUGGGUACACCGGUGGGGUAAGCCUGCCAGGCCUGUUGAGUUUGAUAUCGGCAAACUUUGUAGCAACUGCGGGAACAUUGUCAUAUUCUGAAACAAGCAGCUUGACGAUAUUGAGGGGAAUGUGGAGCUUUGGUGUGCUGAGAUUUAUGUGGAGAGACGCAAGGGAGGAGAGGUUUGGGGGAAGUGUGAGUGGUCUGAUGCUGUCGUCAAACUUUAUCCUGAUUUCUCACACGCAUAUACCGUUGAGGUCUUAUAUGCCUGCUUCUGUCUAUGUCUGAAAUUCAUAUCUUUAUCAUCUCUUUCUCAAUGGAAUGAUUUUGUAUAUAAAUUGUAGAUACAAAAAAAAAACUUUUGAAACCAUGCACCCCAAAAGAAAACUAUUAUCAUGUUUUAAGGUGUUCCUUUAUCUUUCGAGUAUGCAUUUUUCUUCUUCUUCUUCUUUUCCUUUGCAAAUUGUGAGUUUAAGUCCCUGUGAAUAUCUAGCAUGCAUAUGUUGUCUGGUAUUUCAAGAGUUAUUAUGUAGAUAUAUGUUGGAAAGUUCUGAACAUAUAAUUUAUCAAAUUGAACAUUCAUGCAGAACAACAAAUGCUUGGUUCUUUAUAAAAGACAUUUAUAGAAAUGACUCCUACGACAACUCAACUCUCUUUACUUUUGCUAUUUCUUAACGAGCAUGAUAUUUUUCUCUUUUUUGAUCAACCGGGAACAAUGUAAUCAAUAAUGUUCUAGUAUAAAACUGGUUUAAGUUCUAUAAAAUUAUGCUAGAAGACCAUAUAUAUAGUAUCUGAUUAGGUGGCAGCAUAGAGAUGCUUCAGUUUUCACAUGUCUCCUAGCAUUGGGACAUUGUCUGAUCAGAUGGUUUGUCGAAGUCAAAUGCUUGGAAAUUGUCUGUUGUUAUGAAAUUGUAAUCACUUUCUAAUUCUAUAUUACGAUUUCGAAGUUCAUGUCUGGCUAUUUCCGUGUUCACAAGUCUUACAUUGAUCGUACUCAAAUGGAUCUCCAGUUUCCGUAAUGUUCUUUUGCAAUAGUUUAGUGACACUAGUAAAAAAGAUAAUACAAAUUACAAUGAAAUAAUUUGUCAAAUUAGUCCUAGGUCAAAUUAGUCCAUCACAACAUUCUAUCUACCAUUAGUAUAUAUAUUAAGAGUCACAUUUUAGAACAAACUCUAAAGAACUCAAGUCAAUCACAUAGAGCGUUUGUAUUCCUUAAUUGUUUGUAAGUGUACAAACCAUAGACCGUUAGAAUUGUGCUGUAUUUUUAGAAUUGUAGGGCUUAUCAUCACUUGGCUAGAACUUUCUGUAACAGUUUAUUAUAACUGUAUGAUUAAUCAUCUUUAAAUGAAGACUACAUACUGCAUCUACAGUUUUUGAAAAUUAAGAUUGUUUCUCUUCCCUAAAUUACAUGGUUGAUCCUUUCAUUAACACCUCACCUCCCCCCCCCCCCCCCCCCCCCCCCACCACAAAACUACACUGAUCAUAGAAACUAAAUACAGCUAACAAACAUUAGAAUUGUAUAGAUGAUGAUAAAAAUACACAUAGCUUCUCAAACAAAAACAUAAGAACUGUCGAGUAAUCGAUGAAUGGUAAAAAGACAAAACGUGGGUUGAACAAAUAGUUGAAAUUUGCAUCGUCUAAUCCUCAAUAUUCAUGCAUCUACAGUUGUCUACCAUUGACUAUCAUACUGCUACAAAUUCUAGACUUUCCUAAUUUUUCUUAGGAAGUUACUAAGUAGGUGGUAAUAGAUUGAUAUUAUAAUACAUUCUUGGUUGAAAAGCAAUAAUUUAUUAAAAUCUCAUUUUUCAUCAUUAAAUAUAUUAUUUUGUAGGAUGAAAAAUAAUGAAGAUGUAUUACUAAUUGUCUACACAAACUAUAUUAAUCAUGAUUUUAGUUUAUAACUGAAACAAACACCACAUAAUCAACAGAAAUAAAUAUUUGACCUAAGAUAAAUGAAAGCAAGAUACUGAUAGAAAGUAUUUUUUAUUAUCAAUAAAAUCGCGGAAUGGCAAUUUUUUAACACAAAUUAUAUGUAAGAAGUUAUACAAAUGAUAAAAUUUGAAAACCACAAAUUAUGAAGUCAUUCCGCGUAAUACAGUGUUUUAUAUGUUAUAGUUUUGCAACUAGGCAAUGUUUAUCUAUUAUCUGAAUAGAAUAGACUAAGAUUUUCUUGUUGGAUAAAUUAUUAACAUAAUGAUUAUAUACUACAAGUAAUGUCAUGGUUCCCCACUCUCUUCAAGCCAUGAUUCUUCGCCCAUUCAUCUUUACCAUCACAAUUUUUCUAUACCUUGAUAUUUUGUUGUGUAUUAUGUUUGGGAAAUUAUAUAUUUGCGAAUGUAUAUCCAUCGAGGCGCUUCUCCAUCAAACGGAAGAAGAGCUUCCCUCAUAUUUGUUUCCCUCACAUAAAACUAAAAAGCGAGAGUCUCUGUAAUCUUCAGAUAGGGAGUAGUGCUUUUAUUGAGCUUCUUACAGUAGAAAUAAAACUUUGAUAAGCAUUUUGGAGUUGGAUUGUGAUCUUCUCCAUCAACAUUCAACAAUGGCAAUGAAGAUGAAGGGCAUCUACAAAAGCUUCAAAAUGGUCUCUCAAUUAUUUGGUAUAAAUUUUUUUUUUUUGGUAGGAAAUAUUUGGUACCAUAUUAUCAGUUACUUCUAAUCUUAUUAAACUACAUUAUAUAAUCUAUCAAACUUUCUCGCAACGUUAUACCAUAUAAUCAAAUUUUAUAAGUUCCAGCCAUGAAACAACUUGUUCAAAUUAAUCUUAUGAUAUAAACUAAUAAAAGUCUAAAUUUCUUAAGUUCAAGUCUUCCCCAAGCCAAAAUCAUUUUCCGGUUCAUUCUCUUAGCCAUUAUGGUCCAUGUUACGUUAUUCAUUCAUGGGAGCAUUCAAUUAUAUCUCAGAGAUGUUUAAUGUGAUGAAAUUAUUUAUUAAAUAAAAAACAAUUUGGUCAACAGUUGUGAAAGAACGAGACAUGGAAAUUGGGCACCCAACAGAAGUAAAACAUGUGAACCAUGUUGGCUGGGAGGUAUCCUCUGGCAGUGCACCUGCUUGGGUAAGCUCUGUUCUUAUUUAUUUUUUUCUGUCCCAAACAAACUACUUUAUAUGUAGACACCGAAUAUACUCAAUAGUGAUAUUUAGUUUCUGCUGAUGUUUAUUUAAAAUUGAAAUCCUUUUGGUGGGUGAAGUUAAGUGAGUUUAAGGCAGAAGCGGAGCCUUUGUCUCCGAUACCAUCAUCUUUUUGUCAUGCAAGCAAUUCGAAGUCUUUAUUGACCACUUCUUCAUCCACUGGUAAUAUCUUUAUUUUUGCAUAAAAAUUAGUUCAGUGUAAGAAUUCUAGUAAGAGUUUUAAUCAAUGGGAUUGAAUAUUUAUAUUUCUGUUAAAAUGCAGAUUUUGAUCAGAGAUCAAGCCAACCAUUUAUAUCAGAUAGGCCAAGGGAUGUGCCUCCCAUUCCAGUAGGUCUAUCCAAGAUUCAAAGUAAGAGCAAGAAUAGGAGAAAGUAUUCAUCUUCAACAUCAUCACCAAAUCCAAGUUACCAUCUCCAAAAUCUUCAAGAUCAACGGGUAUCUAAAUAUUCGUUCAAAUCAAUGACAUGUCGGUCAGACUCUAAUGCUUAAAGGUAAAUUCAAAGGGGCAAUGAAAAACAGAAACAAAGCUUGUGUCACAAUAUGUAUAAGGGAUAUUUUGGUAGUUCCCGUGAUUUUGUUUCUGCUCAGACUUCUCGGUUACACUCUAAUGCAUAAAGGUGAAUUCAAAAGUGCAAUGAAAACAAAGAAUCAAAGCUUGUGUCA